CCUAGCAACCGCCUUCCGCCUCCAUCUUUUGCCCCGCCUCCUGCUUAUUCCAAUACCUGGUUUCCCAGACUGCCAGGCCCUGGCCGGAGGCGACAUCGGUGCUGGAGCCCAGCCGCUGGGUUCUCAGCCAACAUCAGAGUUUGAAUGAAUAAUUCCAGUUAUUUAUUAACAAUUGUAUAAAAGUAGCGAAAAAGAAUACAGUAUGUCUGAUGAAAUCUUCAGCACAACUUUGGCAUAUACCAAGAGUCCAAAAGCUACCAAGAGAACUUCUUUUCAGGAUGAGCUGAUCAGAGCAAUUACAGCCCGGUCGGCCAGGCAGAGGAGUUCUGAAUACUCAGACGACUUUGACAGUGACGAGAUUGUUUCUUUAGGUGAAUUUUCAGAUACCUCAACAGAUGAAAGUCUAGUUAGAAAAAAGAUGAAUGAUUUUCAUAUAUCUGACGAUGAGGAAAAGAAUUCUCCAAGACUGUCUUUUUUGAAAACCAAGAAAGUAAACAGUGAUAUAUCCAAAGAUGAGCAGGAAUCUGUCAUACAGAACAGUGAAGACAUAUCAGCUGAUGUUCAUGAAGAUAUGAUUGGAAAUUCCUUUUCUGAAUCUCAAAAUGAUGAUCAAGAAGUUGGAAAAGAGAUCAUUACAAUAAAGCCUAAACCCAGAAUUCUUCCCAUCAAAGGAAAUACAUCUUCAGGGGAAGACAGCAGCAGUCAUGAGGCAGAUGGCCACAUUAAGCCUUCACCUCGGCCAAGGAGCAUGAAAAAGAGCAGCCCCACGGAGGAGGGAGACAGACCAGAAGAUGAUAAAGAACACUCCCUGAGUGAAGACUCUGCUCCCACGCCUUCCCUUCCAAGGCAGAAUGGCACAGAGUUGGAAACUGAGGAAAAAGUGCACUCCGAGAACCUUGAUCUUGAGGACUCGCUCUUACAAAGUCUGACCUCGUCAUCCCUCAAAGAAAGCCCUGGAAAAUGCACCUCACCAGGAUCUCAGGAAAAAGCAUCCAUAAAAGAUCAUGAUGGAGAACCGACUGAAAUCUGGGAUUCCUUGAUAUCAAAUGAAAAUGAAGAAAAUUCGGUUUUGGUAAACUGUGUUGCUCCUGAACUUGAGCAGCCCAAGGCAGGUCUGCCCAAGGCGGCUACAGAUGACACUGAAGAAGAAAAAGAGAAGGCUGCAUUUACUGAUGAUGACUUCACCACUGACCCACUGCUCUCCACGUCCCCGAGUGUCAUAACACCCACUGAGACAGCAGAGCCAACCAAGAAAUCAAAUGAAGAUCGAAACGUGAAGAAUAAAAAGUCAACGACUAAUAGAAUAUCCAGUGCCUCUGGCAGGCUUAUGACCUCUGAAUUUGUAAAGAAAUCUGGCCCCACAAGGAGAAGUCCAUCUGCAGCUACCCCUUCUCACUAUUUAGGGUCUUUGAAAGUCUUGGACAAGAAGCCAUCACGGAAACAGAGCCUAGAGCCAGAUAAAGCUGAUCACAUAAGGGCAGCUGUUUAUCAGGAGUGGUUAGAAAAGAAAAAUGUGUAUUUACAUGAAAUGCACAGAAUAAAAAGAAUUGAAAGUGAAAACUUAAGGAUCCAAAAUGAACAGAAAAGAGCUGCUAAGAGAGAGGAAGCAUUAGCAUCAUUUGAGGCCUGGAAGGCUAUGAAAGAAAAGGAAGCAAAGAAAAUAGCUGCAAAAAAGAGGCUGGAGGAAAAGAACAAGAAGAAAACGGAAGAAGAGAAUGCCGUGAGGAAAGGCGAGGCCCUGCAGGCGUUUGAAAAAUGGAAAGAGAAGAAGCUGGAAUACCUGAAAGAGAAGACCAGGAAGGAGAAAGAAUAUGAAAGAGCAAAGAAACAGAAAGAAGAAGAAACGGUUGCUGAGAAAAAGAAAGACAGUUUAACUGCUUUUGAGAAAUGGAGUGAAAAAAAGGAAGCCCUUCUCAAGCAAAAGGAAAAGGAGAAAAUAAACGAGAGAAGAAAGGAAGAGCUAAAGAGAGCGGAGAAGAAAGACAAAGACAAGCAAGCCAUCAGUGAAUAUGAAAAGUGGCUGGAAAAGAAAGAAAGGCAGGAAAGAAUUGAACGGAAACAAAAGAAGCGUCAUUCCUUCCUUGAAAGCGAGACACACCCUCCGUGGAGCCCUCCAAGUAGAACUCUGCCCUCAAAAGUAUUUUGACAGUUUUGGUUCUUGAUUUAUCAGUUCACCAACUUACCCAUGGAUUUAAAACCAUUCAUCUUAUUAUUUCUGGUUAGAAGAAUCUAUUUUAAUUAUCUGCAGGAACUUCUGUGGAGCAUGAAAGAGAUACUUCACAGAUUAAUCAGUGGAAGCAAUUAUCUGAAGUGUAGAUCAACUGCCUCAGAAAAGAAGCCAGUCAGAUUGCUGGGACAAUCCAGAUGCACGAAGCUUUAUCAUGUCCUAAUCAUUCCUGAAGUGCGGUGGUCUGUGGUCACUGUCACUGAGUUCUGUGUCCUUUUAUAGCGUGUUUGAUCCCACUGAUAGAAGGAUGCCAUCUAGGUACCACAGUCAUAGGAAUGAUUCAGUCCCUGGAAGCUUGUGCUUCUCCAUUGGAGUUUGGGAAUUAAGGGUCCCUGGGGAGUAUGGACAUAUUAUGUCAUCUUACGUGAGUUUUCAGCUCAGAGCAGCAUCUUCGCUGUGCAAGUUAGAAUUAUGAUCAGCUAAGGCCUCAGAGUUUUAGUCAGUAAAGUCACUUUAGUUAAGAACUUGGGCUUAUGGUUCAGUCUCAGUGUGUGUUGCCUGUGUGGGACUUACCUGACAAUCACAGCCACUUCUAUAAUGGGCUCACUUCUGAAAUUUUUUUUUCUAAGUUCUAUUUCAAUUUGCUUAUUAUUUGCUUAACACCAAAAGCCGUCAAUUUGAUGGUAGUGGUGUCUUAUAGUAGUUGUGAAAAUGUCAUAGGGGUUCAGGGUCACUAUCAAAAUUCUUUCUAGACUAAAGGUAUGAAGAUAAAUGAAGGCAACUCCCACCUUCUCGAGUGUUUCAGCUUGCAUUUAGAGGCAGCUGAAUAAGAAAGUAAAUUUGGAAAAAUAUUCAAGAACUUGUACUUAUUGAUUUAUUUGACCUCUGCUUCUUCCAGUAUCAACUGGUCCCAUACUGGCCUGGUCAUCUCCUAAAACAAAGCAGGUGUUGGAAUGCUGUGGUAGGCAGUAAUGCAAUGCAGAGACAAUGGAUGGGAAAUGUAGUUGUUACUGUUCACUAAGCUCUUAGGUCAUCUCUGCUGUUCCAAGUGGAAUUUGUCAACUUUGUCACAACGAUUCAGGGUAGGUGUCAUUAGCUUUAUUGUGCAGAUAAAAAUACUGAGGCUUAGAAAGUCCAAAAUGACUUGCCAUACAGCUAACAUAUGAGUCGUGGGACCAAAACCCAUUGUCUCCCUUGAGACCUUUGUGACCUCAGAGACUGUGGCUGACUUCUGAGUUCAACCUUGCAAAUGCUUGAGACUCCCAGGGUGUAAAUCAUGCACUGUUAGUGAGACAUGCUCCUUUCUUAGUGCCUCCAGAUGCUGGACCUCCUUACUUAUGUAAAAUGAGGUGAGGAUUCAUGGGAUUUCGGAUGUUCAUCUUAGUGUCAACAAAGCCAGCAGAGUGUGUAAAACCCAACUGUAGGAUGUGCACAAAACAGAAGUCAUGCACUGCUUUGUAGCAUUACAGAGCAGAUCAAAUCACAUGACAGACAUCCACAGAUGAAGCUUGAAGCCUUUGAUACUGCCAGAAGUCGUCACUGAAGGACUAUCAGCAGUGUUGGGUAUGGGAUUUAGGACUGGAAUUUGUGUGUUUUCCCGUGAACAACCAAGCCUGCCAGAAUAGAUUCAUAUAGGCUUCCUGUAUUGAAGUAAAUAGGGAGAGAUAAAAAGGGUUUUGCACAUUAUAAGGAAUGAAAAGGAAGAUCAAACAAAGGUGUGGCUCUCCCGUGGCCACUUUCUACAGUGUUGCAUUUGUUAUUGCUGUUAGCUCCUAAAUCAUGCAAAAUGGAUGAUAUAAGUUAACUCAUGUGAAGUAUUUGGAACAUAAAGACUCAGCAAAUAUUCAUUAUCACAUUUAUUUACCACAGUCCCCACUUUAUGGACUUGAGAUCAGUGUGGGGUGAGCAGGACAGUAGUUAUUUGGCAUAUAUUUUUAGCAUACAGAAGAACUCAGUCUUCUGGUCCUUCUUUGAUGUACCAAUCACAGUCAAGUGCUGCCAGGAAAAGAACCCUCUGAGAAGACACCUGAAUAG